GUGGCAUUGAGGAUUUUGUUCAGCGAAUCACGUGUGUUAUCGUAGAAGUGGUAGAGGUGUGAAAUUCUAAAACAUGGCAUUCGAAGCUCCAGAGCCGAAGCGUAGAUUACAUAGCGCUCAGUUUCAUCCAAUAUUAAGACAGUGGCAAUCUUCUAAUACUAGUAUUACUCCACUUAAUCUUCUCUAUCCAAUAUUCGUCAUAGAUACACCUGAUGAAAUUCAAGAAAUUUCAUCUAUGCCAGGGAUCAAAAGAUAUGGAAUAGAUAAACUUGAAGAUCACUUAACACCAUUAGUAAAAAAAGGACUUAGUUCUGUACUAAUAUUUGGAGUGCUCACUAAUCUUCCCAAGGAUGCACGAGGUUCCUCAGCUGAUAAUCCUAAAUCACCCGUGAUUCAAGCUAUAAGAAAAUUAAAGGGAUCAUUUCCAGAGUUACUUAUUUGUUGUGAUGUUUGUCUUUGUGGCUAUACAAAUCAUGGACAUUGUGGUAUUUUGGAUGAGGAUGGAAAUAUUGAUAAUGAUAAAAGUAUUUGUCGUAUUGCUGAAAUAUCAGUCGCUUAUGCAAAAGAAGGGUGUCAUGUUAUUGCUCCUUCCGAUAUGAUGGAUGGCAGAGUUGGUGCUAUAAAAAAAGCUCUUUCUAAUUCUAAGAAACUUUCCUCUGUAGCCGUACUUAGUUAUGCAGCAAAGUUUGCUUCCAGUUUUUAUGGUCCAUUUAGAAAUGCUGCCAAUUCUGCUCCAUCUUUUGGGGAUAGACGAUGCUAUCAAUUACCUCCUGGAAGUUCGGGAUUAGCCCACCUGGCUAUUAAAAGGGAUAUUGAAGAGGGUGCUGAAAUGUUAAUGGUCAAGCCUGGAAUGUCAUACUUAGAUAUAGUUACUCAAGUAAAAAAAGAUUUUCCAAACCAUCCAUUAUUUGUUUACCAAGUAUCUGGUGAAUAUGCCAUGUUACAUUAUGGAGCUGCAUCUGGAGCAUUUUCAUUGAAAGAUAUGGUUUUAGAAGUUUUUACAUGUAUGAGAAGGGCAGGUAAGUUCUGAGAAACUUUAUUAAAACACUAGCUGUUACCCGCAACUUCACCUGCGCAGAUUUUGCAAGCAAACCCCAUUUAUACUUGGUAU